AUGGCUUCGUCUCUCAAAAGGAAUAGACCUGCUGCUGUUCAUGCUCCCAUCACACCUCGUACUCUCAAUCCACGCCAUGCCAUUGAAAGCUUCUCAUCCAGCCGUGGACUCAAGAACACACACAACUCCCUCCCUACUACGGCUCAAUUGCGAACCCCGUUUCCCACUGAGAUGGUAUCCGAACUUGAUGCAUCGGGGAGACCCUCUGAGGAUGGAGUGGAUCAUGUCGUCGCUGCAAUUGAUAUGAAGGACUACGGCACUGUUGGAUGCUCGUACUACUCCACCGAAGAAGAGACAAUAUACCUGCUGGGCGACACCCGGUUGGGUGGGAUGGAAACCAUUGAGGCUUUGCUUCUCCAGGUUCGGCCAACGAUCAUCUUGACGCCGCCUCGAGUCGAUCUUCUGGAUGCACAGGACCAGAGACAAAAUCUUGCGCAGGAGAAUGAAUCGUCUUCCUACCUUCCUUACCAGGUAGAUGUUCGCCCAACCUCUGAGUUUAACCAUGCCAAUGCGCAGAGCAAACUGGUAUCACUCGACCUGUCCUCGACCCAUGAGGAACGCUUUCGCUUCUUUGUGCCUCAUGACGGUAUUGCAGCACCCGACGAAGUGAAUGCUGAAGACAUGGGAUUUACCCUUCAAGAGGGAAGGUUGCUGCAUAUCUCCAGCUCUGUUGACAUGGAGAACCAGGUGACCAUUGGCUGUGCCGGUGCAAUUCUCACGUAUUUGCAACGACGGAGGGCUACGCAGCCAACUCUGCGGGAUCUAGGGGACAAAGGUAGCUCUGGCUUCCGGGUGCACUCUUUGGAGAUGUUUAGCCUCCACGACUCUAUGUGGAUCAGUGGGAACACAUUCCUGUCACUCCAGAUCGUACAAUCCGAGUCAAAUCCAAACAUGUUCAGCCAAGGCCCGGGAAAGAAGUCAUCCUCGGGAAAGGAAGGUCUCUCUAUCUAUGGGCUAUUUCACCGCUUUGCAGGAACGCCUCAGGGUAGAGCUAGGCUGAGACGGAUGUUCUUCUGCCCAAGCGUGAAUCUGACUACAAUUUACGAGCGGCAUGAUUUCAUUGCAGUUCUUUCACGACCGGAUAACCUGGCUCCACUGGAGAAGAUGACCAAGGCUUUGAAGCAUAUCAAGAAUCUUAGGCCCGUGCUGAUCAACCUUCGCAAAGGGGUCAGUACGGGAAGUGGAAAGAUUACCGGGUUCAAGACUACGGUCUGGGCGAGUUUACUAGCGUUUGCUUUCUUUUCUAUUGACAUCCACGAUGCUUUGCGGGAGACCUCCGGGGCUGAGAUGUUGCCUCUGCGGACGAAGGCUCUUCGGGUCUUUGAAGCAGCUCAGCUAUAUAGAGUGGGACGCAUGAUCCAGGAGAUUGUGGAUAUCGACAGCUCAGAAGAGCAAAGCAGAACAGUGGUCAAGCAGGGCCUUGACAGAAACCUCGAUAGGAUGAAGGACAGAUACGACGGUCUGAGCAGUCUGUUGAAGCAUGUCGCUAUAGACGUUGCCAACACGAUCCCCGAGAAUCUGGAAAUCGACAUCAAUGUGAUCUACUUUCCCCAGCUGGGUUUCAAUAUCUCAAUCCCGCUGAAUAAACGGGGUGAAGCGACAUACAAUGGCUCCGGUGAGGACUGGGAGCUCAUGUUCAUCACGGAGAAUAGGGCAUAUUUCAAAGAUUUCCGCAUGAAAGAGCUGGAUGAGAAGCUGGGUGAUAUUUACGGUCUCAUAUGUGAAAAGGAGAUUGAGAUCGUGUACGACCUAGCUCAAGGGGUCCUGCAGUAUGAAAAUGUACUCGUGGAUGCGUCAGAUAUCUGCGGAGAGAUUGACUGCCUUCUUGCUCUCACACACGCGGCCAGCUUCUACAAGCUGGUGCGGCCCCGAAUGGUCCAACACAACAUCAUCAAAAUCAAGGGUGGCCGUCAUGUUCUCCAAGAACUGACCGUUUCUUCUUAUGUUCCAAACAAUACGUAUCUGAUGGGUGGAAGUAUAAGUAAUGCAGAACCUGCAGCCUCUUUGUUCACUGACCAGACUCAAAGCAUGCUGUUGUUGACUGGGCCAAAUUACUCGGGGAAGAGCGUCUAUAUGAAACAGGUUGCCUUGAUUGUCUACCUCGCGCAGAUUGGCAGCUUCGUUCCUGCGGACAGCGCAGAGCUGGGCAUCACCGAUAAAAUCUUGACCAAGAUCAACACCCAAGACAGCGUCUCCAAUGUACGACAAAUUCAUCACUACGACGGGCUGCCUAAGCUGAUCCCCUCCCAGAUCCAGAGCACGUUCAUGAACGACUUGCAGCAGAUCUCACUCAGUCUGAAGCAGGUUACAAGCCAAAGUUUGGUGAUCAUCGAUGAAUUCGGCAAGGGCACAAAUGAGUGUGAUGGCAUCGGUCUGGCAUGCGGGAUCCUCCAACACCUCUUGAAUCUGGAUGAUCCUCCAAAGGUGAUCGCCGCGACGCAUUUUCAUGAGAUCUUUGAAAACAACUUCUUGUCAUCGCACCCCCGAUUGCAACUCGGGCACAUGGAGGUUCGGGUCUGCGAAGACUCGAAGGAAGUGGAAGACCAAAUCACCUAUCUUUAUAAUUGCGCGGCCAUCAACGGAAUCGAUCCUGCGAUCAUCUCCCGCGCCACGGAGAUCGCAUCCCUGUCAUCUCGUGGAGAGAACCUUGUUGCCGCGUGUGCAGUUCUAUCUCCCGAAGAGACGCAGGCUCUCAAGGAAGCUGAUGCACUAACCAGAAGUUUCCUGGGGAUGAAUCUCUCAGGCUACGAUGAUGGCUUAGACGGCGGCACGAGGGAGGCCUUGCAGGGACUAUUCUCGGAGCUUGGGCAAUGA